CCACAGUCCACUUUCAACUCAACCGACACUUCUUUUCUAUCUACCAACCCACCAUGACUACCGCACCACACAUGCCUGCCAAGGCGCACAGCUCCGAAGACGUGCACGCACGGCCAAAGGGUAACUUCAAACCACGCCCACAACCGCAACAAACCAAAUUAACCAGUCACCCUAAAGGCAUCCUCAAGAACUCCAACUCCUUCACCGGCCAAGCUCCCUCCCCUGUGACAGCCACCUCUCCACCCACCGUACCAACGAUCUCCGAGCCGGAAGAAACAAAGGAACUCACCCUCCAAAAUACCCUGCAAAACGCAGGCCGCCGGAGAUCCUCAUCGACCACGCGCCCAGGGACAAACUCGCGUCGCCAGUCCGGUGCCAGCGCCAUAGACGAAAACGAGCCUCGCCUCAAAUGGGACGAAGCAAACCUCUAUCUAACCGAGCAAGAGCGCACAGCAAAGAUGAAGAUCGACGAGCCAAAGACCCCAUACGCCCCGCACUAUGACCCCGCCGAAGACGACGAACAAAUCCGCCUCGACGAGGCUCAGGAAUCCCUCCUCAAUGCGCAGGGUAUCGCUGUUGAUGAGCUUGAGCUGGCUAAGCCCUCGCAUCGCAAGGGUGUUUCUGAAGAGGAGAUUCCGGAUUUGGAACUUGGUGAGCCAGAGGAGAACGUCCAGCCUGUGGGUUCGGAUGAUCCUCGCGUGUUCCGGGACCGCAGUAUGAGCAUGGACUCGCAUAAAAGCGAGAAGCAUGUUCAUGUUGGUGGUGGGGCGAAUGGCUCGGAUGCGCCUGCUGAUGAUCCGCUAUUGAGUACUGAGGAGGCCCGUGAGAAACACCGUCAUUUUGAGGAGCAGCGGAAGAAGCAUUAUGAGAUGCGGAAUAUUAAGGAACUGCUUGCUCACCCCGAGGAUGUGGAUGAGGAAAUGGAAGAUGAUGAUGGAUCGGAGCCUGCUCCCCCACCUCCUAUGCCUCAAAUGCCUCAGCGAUUCCGCAGUAGACAAUAGGAAUGAACUUAGGUUCCCGGGUCAUUUCCUUUUCUUUGAUAUUCUUGGUCUACUUGCUUCCCUUACGGUGGAAUCUCUAGAUUUCGGAUUGUCUUCGCACUAGUCUGCUUUCUGCUUUUUUGUCCAUGAAUAUCCCCCAGCGCAAUUUCCUUCUCUUGGUCUUCCAUUCGUUUUCGUUUCAGCUUAAAGCUGUUCCACAGGCAACGUGUUGCCCUCCUCAACCCUAGUCUUUUCCUCUUGUGAUACCUUCUCACAGGUGUUCAAUGUACUAAAUCUUCAAAUGGAACACUUAUAGUUGUAGGCUCUGUAGUCCCUCGUUGGAAUAAGCUCUAGAGAUCUGACGAUCGUCAAACGGCUUUGUACU